UGCGAGCGGCGGCGGCGAUGGCGGCGAUGGAGGCGGCGGCGGGGGGGAGGGGGGCGAGGAGCAGGGUGGCGUUCGUGCUGGUGGACGGGAUCGGGGACGUGAGCAUCCCGUCUCUGGGGGGGAGGACGCCGCUGGAGGCGGCGGCGGCGCCGCGGCUGGACGCGGUGGCGGCGGCCGGGGUGGUGGGGCUCAUGGACCCCGUGGAGCCCGGGCUCGCCUGCGGGAGCGACACGGCGCACCUCUCGCUGCUGGGGUACGACCCCCGCGUCUACUACCGCGGCCGCGGCGCCUUCGAGUCCAUGGGCGCCGGCCUCGCCAUGGCCCCCGGCGACAUCGCCUUCAAGUCAAACUUUGCUACGUUGGAUGAGAGCACAGGGAUCAUUGUCAGCAGAAGGGCGGAUCGGCACUUUGAGGAGGAAGGGCCAAUCCUCUGCGCUGCGUUGGAUGGGAUGAAGCUCCCAUCGUUUCCUGAAUAUGUAGUGAGAGUAAGGUAUGCUACCGAACACAGGUGUGGCGUGGUUGUGAAAGGACCAAGGUUGAGUGGGAAUAUUUCUGGAACUGAUCCAUUGAAGGACAACCGCCUGCAUUUAAAGGCUGAACCUCUGGAUGAUUCAGAAGAAGCUAAAAACACCGCAGCUGUGGUCAAUGAGCUUUCUAAGGAGAUCACACGUAUACUGGUGUCUCACCCUAUAAAUGCAAAGCGUGCUGCCGAGGGGAAGAACGUUGCAAAUGUGGUGUUAUUGCGAGGCUGUGGUAUCCGGAUUGAGGUACCUGCCUUUGAAACCAAGCAUGGACUUGCACCAUGCAUGGUGGCUCCUACAAAGAUAAUAGCUGGGCUGGGGCUUUCAUUGGGCAUUGAUAUCCUUGAAGCACCUGGAGCAACUGGUGAUUAUCGAACUCUAUUGACUUCCAAAGCUAAAGCUAUAGCCAAGGCACUAUCUGCCCCUCUAGAUAUGCCACCUCGUGUUUUUGUGCCCGGAGAGGAUGAAUAUAAAUCUGGAAAGGAAAAUGGAUAUGAUUUUGGUUUCUUGCACAUAAAGGCCAUCGAUGAUGCUGGUCAUGAUAAGGCUGUCAAGCUGAAGGUACUGGGCCUAGAAGCUGUUGAUCGUGCUAUUGGUCAACUUGCAAGACUCCUGUGGGAAGCUGAAAAGUCUGGGCAAUACCAGUAUUUCCUUUGUGUCACUGGAGACCACUCUACUCCUGUUGAGUAUGGUGACCAUAGCUUUGAACCCGUUCCAUUCGCAUUAUGCCGACUGAGAGACUUCGUAGGAACUAUUGGGGAGGACAAUGUCAUCAACUUCCCCCUAGAUGAUUUCCCACUUCCUUCAGUGAAAUCUGGAGAAGAUGUAUCAGAGAUCAUAGAAGUAGCUGCUCGCAAUUCUGAUCAGCGCAAAGCUUUCUGCGGCGAUUCUGUCAGUGAAUUCAACGAGAUAGCCGCUGCAAGGGGCUGCCUUGGACGAUUCCCUGGAAGUGAGAUGAUGGGCAUCAUCAAGAAGUUCAUCAAAGCAAAGAACGAUUAGUGUCAGUUCAAGUGCUGACGUCUGUGUAAUCCUUUGACCUUAAGACUUCCAUGUCUCUGUAAUAAUUGAAACAAGUAUAUAUCAGAGAAACAAAGGCUCAACCUGAGAUGAAUAAGUCUUUCCCCUGAAUCCUGAGCGUGUACGCAAAAGCAUAAACGAUCUGACCUGCUGUGUAAAAUUA